AUGCAAAAUAUUUUGAGUUAUCUUACCGCGGCCUUAUCUGUCGGCCAAGCUCCUCUGAGCGAUGUCCCGCUCAGCACGCGUAACUACUGGAUGAGCAGGGCAAACGCUGCUCUUCACGAGGUCACCGGAAAUCCAUGUCCCGCCCAGGCCUUUGGAUCUGUGAUUGUGAAUCACACAGCUGGCGGACUGGGUGAGCUCAUCUGUAUUGGGGCCAACAAUGUUUUGUCUGGCAAUCCGACCCUUCACGGAGAAACCGCCGCAAUCAACAACUGCAGUGCUAUUCUGACGGACCCAAAAGGGCCGUACAAGCUGUCGGGCCAAGAGACGCUGACGGCUUGGGCUGAUCUCACGUUGUACACCAACGCCGAGCCGUGUCCCAUGUGCGCGACGGCCAUACGUUGGGCAGGCUUCAAGGAACUCGUAUUUGGCAGUAGCACCAAAUCCUUAAAGGAAUAUAACUGGACCUUGAUAAGUCUCUCCGCGGAGGGGUUGUUCAAGUACACAAAUGGCUUGCCGAGCAAGACGGCAGUCUUGGGAGGUGUCUUGGCGAAUGAAACGGAUGCGUACUUCAAAUGGCAGUUUACUGGGGGGUCGGAUUGCCCUCCUGGGUGUAAGAAGGAGGGAUCAGAAUGUCGUGCCAAGGUUGGUGGACAUGCAAAGUCUGAGGAAAACAGACAAGCGGCGGGCUAUUGGAGUUGGUUGAGCAAGAUGUGA